AUGAGAGUAAUAAACUUGAAAGAAUUCAAAAUCCUGAGUAAAAUUUUAUCAGCGAUCAAAAUAGAACUAAAAAAUUACGUCGAAAAUGCAUCCAUCAAUGGCGUCCCAAGGUUUUUCAAGUCAAAGAGCACAUUCGUCAAAAUUCUCUGGUUCCUAGUUCUACUCAUUUCAUCUGUUUGCAUGGGACUUUUCAUGUCCGGAUUGUUUCAGUCCUACUAUGGCUAUCCGGUAUACACGGAGCGUAGAGAAUUAGUAUGGAAUACGAAACAAAAGUUGAAAUUCCCCGACAUCACGAUUUGCAAUCUGAACAUCUUCGCCGAGGGAGAGCCUAGAAACCACACCAUAUUCGAAUAUUUCGAUCGUGUUGCUGAACAAGAAGGUGACAUAAAAUAUAUGCUGAAGGAGGCCAUCAACUUUUAUAGAAACAUGACCAACGUGAAUCCAAUACCUAAUCAGGAUGACAAUUAUGACUAUCCAGAUGACGAAAUUUUCAACAAAACAAUAAAUUACAUUCUCAACAAUGAUAUAGACACGCUUGCAAACAACAGUUAUGGUUUAUUCGGGUCCUCAGCUGGCUACCUCAUCAACACAAAAAUGGAACGCGAAGAAACUAUCGACUGUCCUGAAAUCGUUGUCGACUGUUCGUUCUUUGAUAUGAAUUGGUUUCCAAUUAAUGCUUAUUGCUCCAUUGAAAACUUCACAAGAGAAUGGAACGCCAACUACUACACAUGCUACACAAUACGAGUCAGUGUGUUGACAGUUCCAGAUGGCAGCACGGUUAGAGGGUUGAGUCUCUUGUUGAAUGUUGGCCCUCCGUAUCUAGAAAAUUUAAAUUACAAAUUUUCACUGACGAGUUCUCGAGCCAGAGGAGUGCAGGUGAGUGUGCACAGUCCUGGCACUCCCGCUGACCUCAAACGGGGCUUCAGUGUCGCGCCCGGAACCGAAAAUAUCGUCGACAUUACACAAACAAAGAAAACAAGACAAGAUUAUCCAUACACAAGGUAUGUUUUUAAAAUUUCCUAA